CUAGGCAGGCCACAUCAAGCAAUGAAUAGAAACGGGGUUCGCUUGAAUACAAAUCUGUCCGUUUCGAAUGACAACGCCCUUUAUUAUUAAGGUGGGAAACACAGUGAAUGGACUGUCGCCCAUUUUGGAAUAUACAUCACCCACUUGAGAUUAAAAGGGUUCUUUCAUCAACGAGCAUAGAUGAUUAGAUAAAUUAAAAAAAUCAACCAUGAUGUUUUCGUCCCGAUCCAGCACGGUGUAUUCGUACAGGGAUGAUACAGAAAUGAACACCUAUUCGCUACGACAAGAUUUGGAGGAGCACUUUAGACCAGUGUUUCAACAGUUUGUAUAUGGCGGUGAAAAGAUUGCCCUUCAUGAUUUACGUCGUUUAUUAGAAAACAGACGUUAUAGACGACUUCUACCGCCAGACAAAGUUCACGAUCUACUAGAUUUGGCAGAUUUUAACCCCGGCAAGGCCCUCACUUAUAACGAAUUCGUUAAACAGAUUGUAGGAUACAGCGAAGAUGAGUUUGAUGGAAUAGAAAGUUCAGCAGAAGUAACAUCCAAAUCGGGUAUCAAGAAAAGAGACAAAAAUUCCGGCUUUUUAUUUUAUAUAUGUCGUAAUUCAAUACCUAAUAUUGAGCUAGGUGAUUAUUUACAUGACUAUAGAUGGUGUCCACCACCUUUCUUUAUGAUCGCUAUUAGUAUAACACAGAUUGUAUUUUUUGCUUUAUCUGUGGAAAAUUUAAAAAAUACCACAGUUCCCAUGUCGGCUCUAGAAGGUGUUGAAGUUAAUUCAUCUUUAAUAUACAAGCCAACUAGACGAUAUGAAGCAUGGCGGUUUAUAACCUAUGCCUUCUUUCACCAAGGAUAUGUUCAUCUAAUUCUAACACUGGUGUAUCAACUAUUUUUUGGAAUACCACUGGAGAUUGUUUUUAAAUUUUGGCGACUGAUGAUAAUUUAUUUUGUAGGAGUUAUAACGGGUUCUUUACUACAAUCUGUAUGUGAUCAUUAUGUUGGUAUGGUUGGUGGUAGUGCUGGUAUCUAUGCAAUAAUGACAGCACAUUGUCUCACAUUUGUAUAUAAUUGGAAACAAUUGAAUAGAGAUAUUAAAGAGAGUGCACUCACUAGAAUAUUGUGUAGUGUGCCACUUAGAUUUGUCAUCAUUCUAAUCAUUGCCCUUGUGGAUAUUGGCCUGGCAGUUUACCGUCGAUUCUAUUUACCCGACCCAUAUAAGAUAGGUCUUUGUGGACAUGGCGGAGGAAUAUUAGCAGGUAUCUUUGUGGCUAAGCCAUUUUUGAGAGAUAUAAAACGAUAUCCAUGGCAACAGAAUUCUGGCUGGCUGGCGCUGUUUACAUUUUUGGCACUUAUUGGAGGUGCUGUCGUCUUUAACGUGGCUUAUAAAGGCUAUCCAGAAACUGAUUGGAGUUGAAUGAUCGCGUAAUCAAAAUGGAUAAUUACUGGAACCCAACUGUCUUUCAUUAGUUUUUAAGUUACAUGAAUCUCCAAGCUUUAGGAACGGGAAUUCAUCUUUAAAUUCAUAUUUCUUCUUUGGUUCAAACUGAUCCCGGAUGUUAGUUUAGCAUCUAAUAAUAUGUCGAAAGUCCAUAAACUGGUGAUUUCAGAGAAUGAGCUGUAAUUGGACAUAGCCUAAAUUUCGCGGAAUUUGUGCCAAAUGGGACGUCAUUUCAACGUUACAUAAUAGUACUAGUAUUGAAAAGUCCUGGUUUUGCCCAUUACCCAAUGAUCAUCCAGAACUAUAUAGUAGAUAUCGUAAUUUGUUAAUCUUGUUUAACUUUACUGCGCGUUAAGAUGGUGAGAUGUUCAUUAAAGUUUUAAAUAUUUUGUGGGCUAUGAUAAAUAACUUAUAGUCGUGUACAGGUGUAUAAACUGCUUAUAUAAAUUAUUUAUUAUAUCUAUAUCAUGUAAAGUCUGUUAUGAUGAUUUAACCAAUUAAAGCUUCAAUAUAUUGCUUUAAAAUACAGAUGUGACGUCAUCCUUUACUGUUGGCGUACCAGUAUUAUGGUACGGGCAAUGUGCCAAGAGUACAUUAUACAUAAUUUAACCUUGUUGAAAUUUUGAACUCGCGUGACGUAUUUCAUUGCAAAGCACGUGCGAUUGUUUGUAUUUUAAGUUGCUUAAUUAUCUCGAGGUUAAGACAUUGCGUAAUACAUUGAAAAUGGAAAAAAAACCCCAACUCGGGACGUUCCUUGUGUUGUUUCAGAAUCAAUAUAUUACUUAAUGUCUCGCUCUCGACCAUUAAACUACACUUAAUACAAUAAUGUGUUAUUUAAUAUAGCUACAGCUGCGUGUUCCGUGGAAAGAGCUAUACUGCUUUCUUCCAAUAAAGGGCUUAAAUUCGUCUUGCGUAUUUCCAAUCUGAUUAAAACACAGAUCCUAUUUGAUUUCGUUUUUUUAUAGUUGAAAAUUUCGUUUUACUUGUGUUUACUACACUAGGAUCUGAAAGAGUUGUUAUAUUACCGACGUUUAGGUUGAAGUGAGGGAUAAGCCAAUGAAACAGUCUGUUACGGCGAAUUCUUGGCGUGCCAUGCACGGACCUCUAUGGGUAAACCACUAGAAACGCCAGCAGGCGUCAUAGGUCGAAAGGCGCUCGUACGACCCCUGACAGGACCUUCGAGUACCACUUGUCAGAUCUUCAUGUAGUGUAGGUCAUCGAAAGUAUAAAAAAAACGAAACGAAA